GUGCAAAGACACCGACGCCAUUGAGAGGACUCCGGGUCUGAGGAAGCUCGUCCGCCCGGUAGUCGGAGCGGCGGAGGGGGGGACCAGGGGACUCAGAGCGAGCGAGCGAGCGAGCUUCGGGCGGUGCGGGCAGCUGCCGACGGUCUCCUCGACGGUCUCCUCGACGGCGUUUCCGCGGAUAUCUUCACAGCAACGCGGCGAUGGACGCGACAGCAGCGUAGCGGCCGCCCAGUGUCCCACUACCGGAUUGAAAAAUGUGAUUGGGAUCGGAGGCAGCUGCACUCCAGUGGUCCAGGACCUCACCCCACUUCACUAGAAUGUACUUGAUGAACGUACCUCCUGUCGCAGUGACGCAAACAGAAUGGAGAACAUGUGGCCCACCCGGAGGCUAUAGCCUUCAGUGCUUCAAUGACUCUGACACCGAGUUGUCCACCAGAGGCACACCUAUCUCAGAUAAGGUCCAGAUGAUCAUAGAGAGCCUCAGGAGCACCCAGUCCUCAGUCGAGAUGGGUGACGAGAUCGAUGGGAAUUUGCCAUCAGGACAAGGCGGUCAUCCCCAAGUCUGCAAGAUUGCAAUGGGUUCUUAUGUGGGGGCCAAGUCCAACGAUAAAGGUCCCACUGAAACCCAGGAGGCAGAUGUUUCCUCCCCAAUCAACCAUGACAGCAGUGACUCCGACAGUGAUGCUUCUGUGGACAGAGGAAUCGAGGAAGCAAUACUGGAAUACCUGAAAGAAAAGGGUGAUAACAAACGCAAGGCAGAACCAUGCUCUGCGUUUUUACAGUCAUCCAAAAUUCAGAGGAAAAAUAUGCCUAUUCCUGAGGUUUCUAAACAGAACUCUGACAGCAAUGAAUUUUUGAUUUCAAGCAACCCCCAUCCAAUAAGCGUCAAUGCUGAGACCCAGACAGCAUCAACUCUUAUGCCCAUAAAAAAGUAUAUCAAAAACAAGGCCUCCCUUAACGACAACAUGCUCAAGAAAUUGGAUUCUGAUAAAAGUACAAUGACCAAAUGUUCAAUCUUUCCCAAAGAGCAAAUGAAAAGCCCAUCUAAAACAAUGUUCAACAAAGUGAAGUGCCCGGUCACAGUGAAGGUGGAGGAAGACUCAGAUGAUUCCAGCAGUGAUGAUGGAAUUGAGGAGGCCAUUCAAAGAUACCAGUUAGAGAAAAGUGGGCUGCACAACAGAAGGGAACCUUUCCAUCUACAUGCAAUCAAAGUGGAAUCUGACUCCACCAGUGAUGAUGGGAUCGAAGAAGCUAUUCGCUGCUACCAACUUGAGCAACUUAAGGAGAGGAGCGUCCUGAAACCACUCACACACACAACAAAUCCAUGUAGUAAGUCUUUUAUACAAGCUCUUGGAAGUACAAGCAUGGAAAGCAUGAAGAAACACAAACUGAGAAAGAAGAAGACCAGAACACAGAAAGAAGUGAAAUCUGUUCCUCCUUCUGCUUUCAUACCCAAGAAUUCACUUUCAGAAAGCAAGAAAGGUAAAGGAAACGGUUUGCUUUCAUUUAAAGUAGAAUGUUUGAAAGAUCAACCUAUAUCUUCUCCCCCAAAGGUUAAUACAACUGCAGAGCUGAUGUGUGCUGAGGCAAUAUUGGAUAUUUCGAAAACUGUAAUGCCCAGCGUCUUCCAUCAUAGCGCUAACCUUAGCAGUUGUGCUCCUACCGAAUCUUCCUUGCAUUCUUCCCUGCCUGAGGAAGAAAGUGAUGACAGCUCCAUUGAUAGUGAGGAUGGGAUUGAGCAAGAAAUCAUGAAGUUUCUUGAGCAGAAGGCCCAAAUGCACCAACAGCCGUCCGGCUCUGAUGUGACUCAAGAGCAUCAAAGUAUGAAUGAGCCAGAGAAAGUGAAAGCAAAACAAGUUACGACCCAAAAGAAACCUUCAAGAACGUCGUUAACACAGAGAAGAAAACAAAACGAGGAAAACGGUAGCAAUUCCAACAUGUCAGGUAUGGAUAACAAUGUUAAGGUAACCACCCCUAAUUCUUUACCUGAUCACAGAAAGGAUUUGAGCCCCUUGAUAUUUUCCAAGAGAGGUCAGACUCGACCAUCAGCUGGAUUACUCAAGACAGAGCAUAGUGGAGACAAAAGCAGCUCGUUUGACAGUGAUGAGGACCUAGACACUGCUAUAAAAGACCUGCUCAAGACAAAAAAGAAGUCAAAGAAAAAGACAAGAGACUUGAAGCGGAAAUCAAGGAAGUGCCUUAAGGAUGAAGAACCACUGCUAAGAAAUGCCUCACAGACCAAAAAGUUCAAACCUGACCCAUUUUCCAAGUGCAGCGCUUUGAAGAAAGUACAAAAGAUUAGGGAUGACAUGAAAGACACGACUGGAUUGUGUAAAGAGAACAUUUCUCAACAUAAACCAACUGAUCAAAGUCAAGAACAGGAUAUGCCUGGUGGUAAAACGGAGAUAUUGAAAGGGACUGAAGGUCAGGGCUCCACGUUGCUGCACAAUGCUCACACUCCUCUUCAGAUACAAGAAGACAGUAGUUCAGUGGACAGCGACGAUAGCAUUGAGCUAGAGAUCAGAAAGUUUCUGGCUGAAAAGGCCAAAGUUUCAAUUGCAGUGAAUGGUAAAGAUGGAGAUGUGUCAAGGAAUGGUACUGUUGUGGUUUGUAGCCCAACUCGAGAUGAAGACAUUAAACAGGAAAAUCAGCUGGCUGAAAUUCCAAGAAAAAGUAUUGCCACCCCUUACUCUGGACAAUCUCCAACUAGUCCUUGUCAAGAUAGACCUUCUCAGAGUUUGGUGCCAGACAUCUUUACUGUUGAUGCACAACCACGUCUGUCCUCGGUCCAGUCCUGCAGCCCCAGUCCUUUGGAGCCAGCAGACGGGGCAGGGGCUGCAAGAACCCAGAACAGGCGGUCGAGCACAGUGAGAGGUGACGCGCAAGAUGUCACCUCAAAGAUCGAGACGGUUCAGCCAGUUUUGUGUCCUAGCAUUGCCCAUGCUCGCUCCGAGUCAAACAAGUGGCGCCAGAGCCUGGGACUGCCCACCACUGACACAAGGACUCUCAGUCGCCUACCAUUUCAUAUCACAUCAUCUAAAGUCAAGGAGACUGCAUCAGCAACUCUACCAUAUCAACACAGGGGCAUCCACCUCAGCUCACAGACUCCAGUCUCUGUUUGGUCCUCCACAAGGACCAGCGGAGCGCCAUCCCCCUGGUCUACAGAGAAGACUGCAAAUUCCAAAUACAGAUCCCCCGUUUUGAAUCUUUUGUCUUCUCCCAGGCAGCAUCCAAGGUUGCCCUUCACACGGAGCCUGCCGCCUGGCCGUAGUUCACCUUGCCCUAUAGAAGGGGAGACGGAGAGUAUGGUGCAUAUAUCCAAGGACAAGAGUGUGUUUGUUGAACUGGAAUCUAACCGGACAAACCAUGUCCAGGUGCGAAGCAGGGAAAGGAGCGAGGGAAAGGAGACAGUGAACUUGCUCAUUGAGUUUAAAAAAGAAGGCGAGAGCUUGAAGAUAGAUGACAAAGAAAGAACAGAGGAAGAAUUUGUAGAUGAGGCAGCUUGUGAGUCAGGCAACAGGAGAAAUCCAGAGAAGAAGCAGGGCUUUUCGGCAUUGUAAGUAUUUCCUUUUGGUCACUAUCUCCGAUAGCAUCAUAAUCCAACUUUUAUACAAGUUAAUUUUUUGAUUGUGCCCUGCUAAUAAAUAGAUGGUAGGUUACAAUCAAGCCCUGUCAUUUAUACGCUCUAAGGGAAUGUUUGUUAAUAUGACAAAACAAAACAGGCAUUUUUUAAAAAAAAAAUGUGUUUGUACAUUUAUAUGGCUAUGUAACAUAAUUUCACCAUCAUGAAAACGUUUUGUGCCCUGAGGUUAAUUCAUAUCAAUGAACCUUUGAAAAGCAAUACACUGACAUUUUGUAGAAGAGGCAGACUGCAUGAGUAGUACUACUAUCUAAAUUCACAAUAUUUUCUUGCAGAAAAUGUCAUCAUCCUAAAUAUUGCUGACAUUUUAUGUAAAAAAAGAAAAAGAAGUGACCCAGAAAAUAACCUGUCAAUAAAGUCCAGAGGCUUAAAGUUUGGAUGUUUUUUUGUUUUUUUAUGUCAGUGGAACAACAAAAACUAGCAAUCAGAGAAACAGAUUCUGUUAUUCCAUAAUCUCACAUUAUGUCUUUUGUUUGUGUACUUUAAGAAGUCAAAGACCUUUAUUGUGCAAAAGUUAAAAAGUCCAUAUUGUUCAUGUUGUAAUAUUUCCGUCGCUGCCCUAUUUAGGGGUGUUUCAAUAAAAGCCAGAAGACAAAAUAUACAUAGUAUAAUUACAUCACUGAUUCAAGUGUCCAGUACAUCUGUGCUUGAGACAUUUUACAUAACUUGGUAACAUUAAUGAGCUAGUUAGAGAGAAAAGGAAAAGUAGCUUGUACGUGCAAAAUGUCAUUUGACCUGAAAACAAUAUAUGUCAAUGUUUCUUUUCUUUUUUUUUAUGCUUCAUAGAAUAUAAAUUGAUCAAGAAAAUAAUUGACUAACUAAUCAAUAAUGAAAAUAUGUGUCAGUAGCAGGCUUAUAGAUUAAUAUUUGGGAAAUCUUAUGUAGAGGGGGCAGUAGAGCUUACAUGUAAUUACAGUCAUCAAAAUCUUUGCUUAUUCUCCUAAAUCCUUAUUUGUUGACCAGUCAGAUGCUUUGCCACUAUAAAACCAUUUGAAGAAUUAACAAAUCCAGCAAAUUUUCAGAAACAGACCACCAUACCUGAUUAGUAUAUCUCUGUCUAUUCCUUUUUUUUUUUUGAGUUGGCAUUUUGGUCAUAGCUCAGUUAUGAAAUUCUAUCACUCCGCAGUGCCUCUCCUGUCGAGUUGCUGCUUAUCAGCUGAUAUUAACAGGCAGGCAAAACUCUGCACAUGUUGGAGCGGCCAACAGAAACAAGUCACUGUUGCUGAUGACAUAAUAGUAAAUGUUCAUGCCAAAUAAUUUUGAAAGAGCCACCUGGAAAAAGUCCAACAGUCGGCCGGCCGACCAAUGACAUAACCAUAACUGGUCUCUGUCAGUCAGUCAGGAACAUUUGUGUUUGUUGGACUGCCUCUGCUGUUCCGGUUAAUCUUGUAUCACCAAACACUAAUAUCAUACAUGCAUUAAUAUAAGAUAUGACAUCUUCCACUGAUGGCUAAAACUCUAUCUAUACUCCCCACGUUCUUCUACAUCAGCCGCGUCUUUCAUCUCUAAGCUGUCUUAACCGCGUGUCAUCACACCACUCGACUCAUUCCUUCCCCGAGUGAUACCUUCCAACUCAAGUCCAGCAAAGAGGGAGUCGUUCUGUACAGUCAGCUCCCACUUGAAAACGUACCUCUUUACGUCACCCCUUGCACUAUCCCCACCCUACGUCUUGAUUUCAUCACCUCAGGCUGCUGAAGCUCUAAAUCUAGUUCACUAGGUACUUUCUAACUUAUGUACAUAAGGAAAUAAAACAUCAGGAAUCGCCUUUAUAAAUGAUCAUACCCUUGACCCCUAAUAGGCACCUUUUUUUUUUUUUGAGGAAUUGUGUGGAAAAAUCUUCUCAAACACUGCAUUUACCGGACUACGUUUGUUCUUCAGACACAGUGACCCUUAGCUCAUUGUAUGGUUUUAAAUUUACAGAUGGGAAGUUAAAUCUCUGUUUUUGUCACGAGCCACUAUAACUAUAUAUCUCAGACUUAAUACCUCUACGACUCAAGUGUUUUUCCAGUUUCCACAAAAUGACUUCUCUGUGUUUUGUUGAACUUGAUAUUAAGUGUGUUAAUUUCUUUCUCAUGUUAAAGUUUUCUUGAAUUUCUUACGUGAAAAAAGGCUAUUUAUUUUUGUUUAUUAAAAAAAAGUUACUGAACAUGCUGUGCAUCGCCAGGUUUUGUAAAUAUUUUGUAAGAAGUGGGGUUUUUUUCUUUUCAUUUUCUCUUUCAAAUAAAAACUUUUGCUGUGUCUUUUAAGUGCAUCUGUGUAAUAAAGAGUGAUCCAAGCAA